AUGGAGAUAUUCCAGCAAAGACUUGUGUCUGAGAGUGUACGUAGCCAGGAUCGACAACUUUGGUCGUCUUCCACGUGGCUCCACGUGGAGGAGCAACAGCCAACAGUGUUGGUUCGAGCCUCCUACGCGUACGACCUGCUCGCCAUGUUUGCGACUCCGUUGCGCUCGCAAGAGGCAGCAGGGCCGUCAUCGACGUCAGUCCAAGUGGUGUUUGCGUAUGGCCAAACAUCGAGUGGCAAAUCCUAUUCUAUGGGUACAUCCGAAGUGUCAGAAUUUAUCCCAAUUGACGAUCCUUUGUCAGAUCUGGAUGAGAGAGUAGGUAUCAUUCCUCGUGCGGCGCAACAAAUUUGUGCCGCAUUGUCAUCUCUCGACGAUGAUGCGGUCGAGUGCAAGCUUAGUGUCAGCUUUCUUGAAUUAUACAACGAAGAAUUAAUCGAUCUUCUUUCUGAUCCCGAUGAAGAACGUGCUCCCGUCCAGAUUCGCGAGACCCGCACAGGGGAUAUUGUAUGGAUGGGUCUGCGACAGCACACCGUACACAAUGCUCAGGAUAUGGUGCGCCUGCUUCAAGACGAGUCGGCGCUCGCAAGAAGUGUCUUCGACCGUUGGGAGAACCAGUCCGGAAAAAAGCUCGAUGUUUCCGCGUACACCACGUUCUGGGAUUCCCACACUUUCAGGCCGUGCACAACUUUCUCGGAAUCCGUCCCCUACUCGCCCUCAAACGCCAACGCGGCAACAGACGCCCACGCGUGUCGCCCAUGCGCGAGCAACGCCUGUUCGACGUGUCCAAGAAGAAGCUAUUGUUACUACAACGAGUAA